CGAGCCCCGCGUGUCUUUGUCUGCAGACGCUCCCUCGGCAUUGUUGGACUGGCUGCUGUACGUGGGGGUCCUCAGCGAAUUUGUAUUUAAUUUUUUUAACAGGAGUUAUUAAAUCAUAAGCCUGAGCCAUGCCGUCAGUCCCCUCGACCAAAGACGCCCCCGGGUGCCCUCACGCCGCCAAGCCGCCCGCCCACAGCAACAGAGAAGGCAAACUGAACGGCGUCGACAAGCUGACGCUGGCGGACGCCGAACAGCCGAACGGAACCGCCCAGAUCAGCGCGAAGAGCGGCGUCUCCGAGAGGAAAUGGAUCCGGCCCGACCUCCCCAGCCGCUGCACGUGGAGCCUGGGAGCCUCGGCGACCGAGUCCCCGCACACGCUUGUCCCAAGAGCCGCCGCUCCAACCAUCCUCCCAAACAUCCUGCACAGGAUCGGCGACACCCCCAUGGUUCGCAUCAACAAGAUCGCCAAAGUGUUCGGACUCAAAUGCGAAUUACUGGCCAAGUGUGAGUUCUUCAAUGCUGGCGGGAGUGUCAAGGACAGGAUCAGCCUGCGGAUGGUGGAGGACGCCGAGGCAGCCGGCCUCCUCAAGCCUGGAGACACCAUUAUAGAGCCCACCUCUGGAAACACUGGUAUCGGCUUGGCCCUGGCUGCAGCUGUGAAAGGCUACCGCUGCAUCAUUGUCAUGCCUGAGAAAAUGAGCAUGGAGAAGGUGGAUGUUUUGAGGGCACUCGGAGCCGAGAUCGUGCGCACGCCCACCAGCGCUCGCUUCGACUCACCGGAGUCUCACGUCGGCGUCGCGUGGCGCCUUAAAAACGAGAUCCCCAACUCUCACAUCCUGGACCAGUACCGCAACCCGAGCAACCCUCUGGCUCACUACGACUCCACGGCGGAGGAGAUCCUGGAGCAGUGUGGCGGACAACUGGACAUGCUGGUGGCGUCAGCAGGAACAGGGGGCACGAUCACAGGCAUCGCCCGCAAACUCAAAGAAAAAUGCCCCAACAUCAAAAUUAUUGGCGUUGACCCGACAGGCUCCAUCCUAGCGGAGCCCGAGGAGCUUAACGAGACCAAUAAGACCCAGUACGAGGUGGAGGGCAUCGGGUACGACUUCAUCCCCACCGUGCUCGACAGAUCAGUAGUCGAUACCUGGUACAAGUCAGGCGACGACGAGUCCUUCAACAUGUCUCGCAUGCUGAUGCGAGAGGAGGGCCUGCUGUGCGGUGGCAGCUCUGGGACGGCCAUGGCGGCCGCAGUGAAUGUCGCCAAAGAGCUGAAGGAGGGCCAGCGCUGCGUGGUCAUCCUGCCGGACUCCGUCCGCAACUACAUGUCCAAGUUCCUGAGUGACAAGUGGAUGAUCCAGAAGGGCUUCCUGAGUGAGGAGGACCUCAUGGUGAAGAAGCCAUGGUGGUGGAACCUGAAGCUGCAGGGCUUGAACCUGUCCGCCCCCCUCACCGUGCUGCCGACCGUCACGUGUCAGAGGACCAUCAAAAUCCUGAAGGAGAAGGGCUUCGACCAGGCGCCUGUGGUGGAUGAGGCUGGGUUAAUCUUGGGCAUGGUGACAUUAGGGAACAUGUUGGCCUGUAUUCUAGCAGGGAAGAUCAAGGUGUCGGACCCCGUCAGCAAAGUGCUCUACAAGCAGUUCAAACAGAUUUGUCUGAAUGAUAAUUUGGGAAAGUUGUCCCGCAUUCUGGAGACUGACCACUUCGCCCUGGUGGUGCACGAACAGAUCCAAUACAUGACGGACGGCUCUCCGUGUCUGAAGCAGAUGGUUUUCGGGGUGGUGACGGCCGUCGACCUGCUCAACUUUGUCACGGGCCGGGAAAGGAGAGAGCGAUCCAUGUCGGAGUCCACCGACGAGCUGAACUGAACCGAUCAGAACCACUUGUACAUUUCUCCCCGCUUACACGACAAACGGCACGAAAAGUUUGGUAGAUGUAUCUUAAACACGGCAAAUGAUCUUGUGAAGGUUUUUGUUUUGAGGUUUAUCUUUUUAAAAACAAAGAAAACUGAUUCUUUGGGUUUUUUUAUUAACCUGAAGCUCUAAUAAGCUAAAUAUGUCUUUCCACUGUCAACUCAGAGUCUUGGAUGGAGACAUCUGUGUUGGGGAUUUAUUUGUCUGAAAAGUAAAGGAUUGUUUCGCUGUGGCCUUUUGUAUUAUUCAAACAUCAUAUAUUAUUCAAACAUAAAAUAUAUAUAUUAAUUAUCUUUCCAGUGCCUUUUCAUUUGUGUUGUGCUAACAAUAAAACUGUAAUGGGUGAUCAGAUUUCUUUAACAUGAUGUGGUGUACUUUCCCUUUUUUCCAGCGCCUGGGGUGCAACUGUAAAGUUGCCUUGACAUUUAAUUCAAACUGUGUCUUAAACGUUUUGUAUUGCAUCUUUUUUCCUCAAUGAUUUAAAUAAAGUUUAAAGGAAUUCUUGGA